AUAUUCAACAGCUAAUCUGUCGCCGUGGUGUGGUUGUCGGAGUCAGAUGAGCAGCGCCUCACGCCUGGGAAGAUAUUUUAUCCUUUUUCUUGACGAAUAAUAACAUUAUAAAGAUUUGAUAUUAUAGAUGUGAUAUUUCGGUGUUAAAUAUAUAAAAAUAAAACGUUUUCAGACUGGAUAGUGCCUUUAAAAAAGACUCUUCUGCUGUAACAGUGGACUGUGAAGGAGAUCAUUAAGAAAUCAAUGGAUCAGCAAACUGUAUCCAAGAGAUCCAAAUGAUCAACAGCAGAGAAAACUGCUGGAAGCUGUUCAAUGACGAAUCUGAACUGCUUUGGGCGUCACCAUAGACGAACGGCCCCCCAAAAUGGAGGCAGCAGAAGUGAAUUGGUCAGACUGCCGAUGCACUCCAGGGUCAAUGGAUGGUCGCUGCCUCUGCACAGUUUCCAGCUAAUAGCCUGGCUGAUGUACAGCUUCAUGGCCAUCGUGGGUUUCGGGAUUUACAUUCCUCUUCUACCAGCGCCAUGGAGCUUUGCAGCGUAUGGCUUGAUUGGCACUGCGUUUGUUCUGCAUUUGGUCACUCACGUGGCAGCCGUAACAAUUGACCCUGCGGAUCUGAGCGUUCGAAGGAGGAAGGAUUAUUCCAGCCCCAUGCCAGUGUUCGACAACACCAAACAUCAACAUGUGAUUGACAAUCUGCACUGCACCCUCUGUGAGGUGGAUGUGGGACCUAAAUCCAAACACUGCAGCACUUGCAACAAAUGCAUCGCAGACUUUGACCAUCACUGCAAAUGGCUGAACAAUUGUGUGGGAGGAAGAAACUACUGGUUCUUUUUCAUAACCAUCUCCUCUGCUGUUACUGGAAUGAUCCUCCUCAUUCUUGUCGUCUUGUUUGUCUUCAUUGAGCACUAUGUGAACCCUGCUGUCCUGCGCACUGCGCCGCAGUUUCAGACAGUGAAAGGAAAUGGAACGUGGCUGGUUUUCCUUCCGGCAGCACCUUUAGAGACCAGCUCUAUUAGUCUGCUGGCGUUGGCGUUCAUUACCGUCCUGCUGGCUCUGGCUGCUCUCUUAUUGCUCUCCCACUUACUCUGCUUCCAUAUUUACUUAUUGUCUCAUGGAAUCAGCACAUACGAGUACAUCAUUAGGAAGCGUCAGUCACCUAACCCCAAAGAGAAAGAGCAGGUUCCUCCGGUGCAGCCGUCUAACGGAACCGCCGCACAGAGUCUUGGGCCGCUGGAAUCACCUGUGAACUGUGAAGCUCCGCUGUCCAGCAGGUCUUGUACCUUCAAACUGGAAGAUAGAGGACAAACAUCUAGUCGACUGCCAGAACCUAUCUGUGCUGAGAUGGAGGAAGUCAGUGGAGAGAAACAUCUGGACUACAGCUCUCAGUCACCAACACAAAUGAUUCCAGGUGAACCUAUGAUGUCACUUCCUGUGGUCUGGAACCUCAGCGGGAUAGAGAAGCCUCAAGCUCCAGGUCGGAGCGACGUGAAGCCUGUGGAGGGACGGCCCAUCGUACAAGACCCACUGGGAAGCUCCAUCAUGGAUGCAGCGGUGGUUCAUCAGCAGCUGAUGACUGACGCACAGACGGAGGCCUUGCAUCCUCAGUAUUUAGGGUUCAGAGAGCAGAUGCCAUAAGUUCAAGCAAACUGAUCGUCUCAUGCAUAUUGCACAUAAAAACCGCAAGAUCUAGCUAAAAUCUAAGAUUUGUUUGAGGCACAUAGUAGCGAGAUUUCCAGCAAAUUUUUUACAGAAUAAACUUUUUUUACUUGCUCGCACCAUAAACAUAUUCAGUACUCAGCAACAAAUUACCGAACAUUGUACAAUGAAAUAUGCACUCAACGCCCUCUGAUGUUCUUUUCUGUAAUAUAUUUUGUUUACAUUGUACAGCUGGUUUUAUUUUAUGAUUUAUAUUGAUUGUAAUAACUCAUUAAGGAUGAAAUGCCACCAAUUUUAUCACACAACUAUUAGAUGAAUUAAUGCACCACUGUAUUUUGCUAUUUUUAUAUUUUAAAAUAAAUGCCUACAGAUGUUUCUCAA